CAGUUCUAUGUUUCCAUGAUUCUACUUCUUUACAGAACUUGGUUUUGAAUAAUGGAUCAAAAUGGAUCAUGUGACCAUCCUGAAAAAUGCAAAAAUGUUGUCUUAUUAGAAUCAGAGCAAGGAGGAAGAUGGCUCUGAUCACUACCUCGCCCACUGAUACUGGCAAUAACACCCAUGAAAGCCUUGAACACUGGAGGUUCAGCCAGAUGGACAAUGUCUCUUUGCCCAAUUCCUCCUUUCCUUUGGCAUUUAGUAGAACAGCCACUGAUCAUGCCCUGAAUGUUCUUGCUAUGGCAGCCAUUUUCACUGUCAUGGUAACAAUGGGUUGCAACAUGGAGAUAUCCAAAAUCAAGGCUCAUAUCAGGAAACCCAAAGGGGUAGCUAUUGCUGUGGUGUCUCAGUUUGGAAUUAUGCCCUUGACAGCAUUUGCUCUGAGCAAGAUCUUCCAACUGGAUCCAGUCGAGGCACUUGCUGUACUCAUCUGUGGCUGCUGCCCCGGUGGAAAUCUCUCCAAUAUUUUAACUCUGCUAUCAAACGGGGACCUGAACCUCAGCAUAGUGAUGACGGGAUGCUCAACGUUCUUGGCCCUUGGCAUGAUGCCUCUUCUUCUGUAUCUCUAUACUAAUGGUAAUCUGGAGGGCAAAGUGCCUUACAAAGAGAUUGUAUUCUCCUUGUUCAUGACCCUGAUCCCCUGUGCCAUUGGGAUCAUUUUGAAUGAAAAGAAGCCACAAUACACUCAUCUCAUUGUUAAAGUUGGUAUGAUUCUCCUGCUCCUUAUGGCCAUCCCUAUGAUUGUUCUGAUGGUGGUCAGUCUUGGAAGCAGUAUCUUGCUGGUCAUCUUAUCACCACGCCUGGUGGGGACUUCUGUUUUAAUGCCUUUUUUGGGUUUUUUCUUGGGCUACAUCCUUUCUUCAUUCUUCAAAUUCAACAACAAAUGCAAGCGGACAAUCUGCCUGGAGACAGGCUGCCAAAAUAUGAAUCUCUGUUUGACCAUCCUCAAGAUGGCCUUUGCAGCUGAAGUUAUUGGGCCUCUCUACUUCUUUCCUACUCUGUAUACGAUUUCCCAGUUGGGAGAGGGCCUUCUGCUGGUCGUGGUUUUCAGGAGCUGUGGAAACACAAAAGAACCAAAUGACUCAGUGAAGGUGGUCUCUGAAGCUAUUGACAGAACUGGGGUCAAGAAUGAAAUGGAAACCAACCAACCAGAAAGUUUGAGACAAAGUAGCAGCAGAAAAACAAAAGGGUGCUGGAAAAAGUGGUCCACCUCAACAUCAGAAGUCCAAGCUAUUUCCACAUCUGAGUCCUGCUGA